CCUUGCUCACACCUUCCUAUCCUCGCAUCACUUACCGCUCCGUCGUUCGCCACCUCCAGUGCGUCCCACUGCUCCUUACUUCCCAGCACCUAUCUUGUUUAGAGCAGUCACCAUGGCAGAGAGUAUGGAAGGCGUCGUCACGGAAGGAGAUCAGCCCAAGCCGGAGAACGUGGAGCAGAAGACAGUUGCUGAUAUCCGAGCCAACUUCGCAUUGCUGGAACGUGCCGUCACUCAGUUCGAUACCCGCUUCACUCUAAGAGCGCUCCGCUCAAUAUCGUCAUUGCGAAAGAAGCUUGAUGAGCGUGUGCUAUGCUCCGUUAUCGUUCUGACUUAUUCUCCAAGUAAUGCCACCGCUCGUGUGCUCAUCGAGGCGAUCAACAUGGAUGGAGAGGCUAUCCAGGCCGUGGUAUCACAGUACAAGGACGAGAUCAUGCAGCAGAAGGGAAGCCCCAAGGAGCCACUACCCGAGGUGGACGUCUAUAUCGCCAUUUUGAUACAGGUGUAUCUCUAUGAUCAGAAGGAAUUUGAAGAAGGAGCAGAGUUUUCUACACAGCUCGUGGAUAAAGUGCGGGAACUGAAUCGAAGGACCCUGGAUUCGCUUGCAGCGAAAGCAUACUUCUACUUCUCUCUGUUCCAUGAAGAACUAGACCCUAAACCGCCUUCCAAGCAGUCACCGCUGGUUUCAAUCCGAGGAAGAUUACUCGCCGCUCUCCGCAGUGCUGUUCUCCGGAAGGACCAGGAGACGCAGGCCUCGGUCACAACACUCCUGCUCCGAAACUACCUCGCGACCGCCGAUAUCACUCAAGCCGAUCUCCUCGUCGCACAAACUCAGUUCCCUGCAACUGCACCAAACAAUCAGGUCGCCAGGUACCUCUAUUACCUGGGUCGCAUACGGGCCAUUCAACUAUCCUACACCGAAGCACAUGAGCAUCUCACAAGCGCCACGCGCAAGUCACCUACAACCACCGUGGCAACAGGCUUCUACCAGGCUGCCACCAAGCUGUUGAUCGUUGUUGAGCUUCUCAUGGGUGAUAUUCCGGAUCGUGCCACCUUCAGCCAGCCUCGCUUAGAACGCGCUCUGGAACCUUACUUCCGCCUUGUCCAGGCCGUUCGCGUUGGGGAUCUCCAAGGCUUCUUGAAGAUUGUACAGACGUUUGCUUCGACCUUCCAUCGCGAUGGCACAUAUACCUUGAUUCUUCGUCUGCGGCAGAACGUCAUCAAGACCGGAAUUCGCAUGCUUUCUCUCUCUUAUUCGCGCAUUUCUUUGCGUGACAUCUGCAUUCGCCUUGGACUGGAGAGCGAGGAAUCGGCUGAAUACAUUGUAGCGAAGGCUAUCCGCGAUGGUGUCAUUGAGGCAUCCAUCGACCAUGAGAAGGGUUUCAUGCAGACCAAGCAGGCGGGAGACAUCUAUGCGACGCGUGAGCCUGGCGAGGUCUUCCAUGAGCGUAUCCGCGCUUGUCUCGCUCUGCACGACGAAUGUGUGAAGGCGAUGCGGUAUCCCAUGAACCAGCAUCGUCUGGAGUUGAAGAACGCGCAAGAGGCGCGUGAUAGGGAACGGGAGCUUGCCAAGGAGAUACAGGAGGGGGACAUUGACGAGGAUGAUGCAGCUGGAGACUUUGACGGACUAUAGAUGACCGUAAUCGGCGUAUGGUGACGAGCAGGUCUUUCUUUCUUUUGCAUGCGAGCCUUUUUGGAGAAUCGACUCGCGCCUGGGUAGAAGACCCUUGAGCAACUCAGUCAUGAGCAAAUUGAUGGAAUAAAGUCAAUGCAUUCCGUCAGCAGUAUUUCUCCAAAACUCCAUCACUGCUAGGUGCUCGAAACGCUGUGCAAAUCUCGGACUUCUAUGCCGGCGGUCCAAAUGGACUUCCUCUAUUUCAAAUCGCUAGAUGCUGAACAUGUGA